AUGUGUUGCAACUACUACGGAAACUCCUGUGGAGGCUGUGGCUACAGCUCUGGCUCUGGCUAUGGCUCAGGCUACGGCUGUGGAUACGGCUCUGGCUAUGGAUGUGGAUAUGGCUCAGGUUCUGGCUGUGGAUACAGCUCCAGAUAUGGCUGUGGCUAUGGCACAGGCUAUGGCUCAGGCUAUGGUUCAGGCUACGGCUGUGGAUACGGCUCAGGCUAUGGCUGUGGAUAUGGUUCCAGGUAUGGCUGUGGAUACGGCUCUGGCUAUGGCUGUGGCUAUGGUUCCAGGUAUGGCUGUGGAUACGGCUCUGGCUGCUGUAGCUACAGAAAAUGCCGCUCUUCUUGCUGCUAG